GUCAUCUCUGGACUAAAGCUUACACGAUUAUUUGCUUCAAACCAGAUUCUACCCAGUGAAUGUCUCAGUUGCUUGGUAGAACUCCUCGAGGACACUAAUAUAAACCCUUCUCUAACCUUGUCUGUGAUUUCUUUGCUGUCACAGCUAGCUAUAGACAAUGACGCUAGAGAAGCUCUUCAGGAUACCUACAAUCUGACCAGCGUGCUGGCAGGAGUUGUUCAUCGAAGUUCUGCUAAUCUUAGCGAUCCAGUCGUACUACAGAGUAUUCAGUUGCUGCAGAGGCUAACCUACAAUGUUCCAGUCUUUUGCGCUGGUGCCAACAUCGAUGAGUUAAUUUCAUUUCUAACGCAUCAUGUUCAAUCCACGGAAGAUGAGUUAACGAUACCCUGUUUAGGACUCCUGGCAAAUCUGUGUCGUCACAACUUAUCUAUUCAAACUCAGAUAAAAUCUAUGAAUAACGUGAAGAGUUUCUAUCGUACUUUAAUAAGCUUCCUGGCCCAUAGUAGUCUGACUAUGGUUGUGUUUGCACUUUCAGUAUUAUCAAGCCUUACUUUAAAUGAAGAAGUAGGAGAAAAACUCUUUCAUGCUCGAAAUAUCCAUCAGACGUUUCAGUUAAUAUUCAAUAUUGUUGUUAAUGGAGAUGGUACUCUGACAAGAAAAUAUGCUGUUGAUCUACUCAUGGAUCUUCUGAAGAACCCCAAAGUUGCAGAUUAUCUUACCAGAUAUGAGCACUUUACCUCAUGCCUUGGUCAAGUAUUAGAUCUUCUUCAUGGAAGGGAUCCCGAUUCAUCAUCUAAGAUCUUAGAACUGCUGCUUGCCUUCUGUUCUGUGAUAGAACUGCGUCAUACCCUGCGGCAGGCAAUACUGGAACCAUCUGGCUUGCCAGUCUCUGGAAAUACCAGAUCUGUGACUCGCACAAAGACUUUUCAGCCAUCUGUUGCAUUGGUGCACUUAUCGAACCAACCAUUGGAAGGCUCCGAAGACUGUUCAGUUCUAGCAUUGCAACUUUUCAAAGAGAUUUUUGAGGAUGUUACUAAUACCGGGAACAGUGCCUCAGCUGAACACUUUGUGGAUCUUUUGCUGCCUGUUCUUCUUGAUCAUAUUCAGAUGCCAGAACAGAUUGUGGAUGAGCUAUUAGUGAAGAAAAAGUGUGAAAGAAUGGUCAAAGCUAUUUGUGUUCUGACAAUGCUCUCUAGAGAUGACGUACUGAAAACGCAUGCCUCGAAGGUGCUGACUGCCAGCCAGUGCAUGUGUCUAAUAGAACACCUGUUUACCUAUGGUGGCAUGGAUACUGGUUUUGGGACAAAAGUAGUGGACUCUAAAAUGUGCAAAGUUGCUGCUGAUACUAUUCUGAAAACACUUGAUCUUAUGAGCAGUCUGAAGCAGGAUGUACCUGGUAUGGAGGUCAGCUUCUACAAAAUUCUACAGGAUCAACGUCUGAUUAUACCUCUGACAUCUGCUUUAACAUCAAACCAUAGAGAGCAGGUCCAGGUGGGACUUAGAAUAUUGUUUGAGGCUGCACCCUUACCAGAUUUUCCUGCUAUAGUGCUUGGUGAAAGCAUUGCAGCAAAUAAUGCUUACAGACUGCAAGAAACAGAGCAUGUGUCCAAAAGAAUCCAAAUGCAGCCACCCGCCACCAGCGUUACUUUGGCGAAACGUUCUUCGUCCUCUCCUUCAAGUGAUGAAUCCACAGUAUCAAAUAUUCAGGAAUUAAUACAAAAACUUCAUUCUGGACUAGAGAUGAAGGAGCCGAUUGCUGAUCUGAGGAUAUCUGACAUAAUGGAUGUCUACGAGCAGAAGCUGUCAGCAUUAGCAUCUAAAGAGACUCGGCUGCAAGACCUUUUGGAAGCAAAGGCAGUAGCUCUGGCUCAGGCAGAUAGGCUGAUGGCUCAGUACCGAUGUCAGAGAGCCCAGGCUGAAUCUGAGGCAAGAACUCUUGCUGCAAUGUUGAAGGAUGCGGAACGAAAAAAUGAAGAACUUAAUGAUCUGCUGAAAGCUCAGCAGGUAGAAUCUGAACGAGCACAGACUGAUAUUGAACAGCUCUUUCAGCACAACAGGAAAUUGCAAACGGUGGCUGAAGAACAUGAAAUACUGAAAAAAUCCUCUGUUGAUCUUCUUCAGAGGUUUGAAACAACUGAGAGACAAUAUAAAGAUCUACAGAUUACGUGCAAUUCCCUAAAUAAACAAAUGGAUGCAAUGAAGAAACUAAGCGAAUCCCUCAAGCAGCAGAAUGACAGGACUGUUGCACAGUUGGUAGAAACUGAAAAUCACAGAAAAGAAUUGCAGCAACAGCUACAGGAGAGAGAUGGCAAAAUAGCGACCUUGCAACAGAAAAUAAAAGUUCUGGAAGAAAAGCUGAAAGCUCAACAGAAAGAAAAAACAGAUAUGGAACAAGCUGUAGAUACUCUUAGAAAGGAAUUGAGUAAAACGGAACAAGCAAGGAAAGAACUGAGUAUUAAGGCAUCUUCUCUGGAAGUUCAAAAAUCCCAGUUGGAAGGACGCUUGGAAGAAAAAGAAGCCCUUGUAAAGCUACAGAAGGAAGAAUUGAACAAACACUCCAAUAUGAUUGCAAUGAUUCACAGUCUAAGUGGUGGCAAGUUAAGUGCAGAAACAGUGAACCUCACUUUAUAGGGCUCUGUUCUUAAGGUUUUAGUAUUUUAUACAUAUGUAUGAAUGAAUAUAUGUAAAGAUUUUUAAACCUGAAGCUAGCAUGCUAUCUGGCUUAAAAAAAUGUAAAAUUAAAGUAGCAUAACUAUCAGUUGAGAA